ACAACAUCGAGCUUCCUACUACACCGCCGCGAAGGCGCAAACAUGGGAUUAAGACUCGACACACCGCUCAUGAAACGGCACUGCAAGCAAACAUGAGAAGAAAAUAACAGCUACGAAAGUACACAUUAAAACUAUAAAGCUCCCUUGAAAUCCCACGACAGCUUCUCUUUUCUCUUCAUCAAGUUCUCACGCACAUCAACACAGCAAACACAGUCACUCUCUAGAUUUCCUCUUCAAGACUUUCACUUCCAAACAAUUUCACUUCACAAGAAUUUCAAAAUGGUUUCCUUCGUUACCACCACUCUCACUGCUCUCUGCCUGGCCCUUGCCAGCUCUGCGGCUCCCACUGAGGCCGAAGUCCGCGCAGCUUCUGCCCACAGUGGCUCCGUCACCUGGUAUAAUACUGGCCUCGGCGCCUGCGGCCAGACUAACAACGACAACGAACUCGUUUGCGCCGUCUCGCACUCUCUCUACGACCGCGAGCAUCCAUGUGGCCGCAAGAUCCGCGUUAGCCACCAGGGCCGAUCCGCAGUCGUUACUGUUGUCGACCGCUGCGAGGGAUGCGCCGAGAACGACCUUGAUCUCUCGCCUGCUGCUUUCCGCGCUGCAAUUGGUCCGCUCGAUAUUGGUCGUACUACUGCAACUUGGGACUGGGCUUAGAUUGGCUUGGCCAUUGCGAUGCACUUUGGGUUCUUUGUCGACAUGGUUUGAUAGAUGGAGAGGAUCGAGGAUAGGGGAAAGAAACGAGGAGUCAUGAUCAUGGCGUUAUGAAAGAUGGAUGGAUGAGAUAGAUUAGCAUGACUCUAGCGAAUUGAUACGAACCCAACUUUAUUUAAUUCGU